AUGUCUUCUGUGUGGAAGUUCUUCAAAAAAGAAGACAACAACAAUGAUUCAGCUUCUUGCAAUUUGUGCGGCAAGUCGUAUAAAACGUGCGGUAAUACAACCAAUUUGGCCACUCAUUUAAAAAAUAGGCAUCAUUUUGCUUAUUUGCAAAUGAUGAAAAUGCCUAGUUCAUUGAAAACAACUAAAUCUAGUGAAGAAACUGAAGACGCUGCGGCAGUAGACUUGAAUAACUCCAAUGUAAUGUAUCUACUGUUAAUGUAA